AUGGGCAAGAAUACUUUCCGGCUUGCCGGGCAGGACUGGCCCAAGGUAACAUGGUGGAAGAUGAAGGGCAUGCGCUUUGUCUAUCUCACACUUUGGGCGGCCAUGAUUACCUCCGCCACCAACGGCUAUGACGGCUCCCUGAUGAAUGGAUUGGAGUCCAUAAAAUCUUGGAAUGUUUCCUACAAUAACCCACACGGGGGAACUCUUGGUCUUCUAGCUGCAGCCAUGUCAAUUGGUUCCAUGCUUGCCAUUCCUGUGGUUCCAUACAUAGCAGACAUCUUGGGUCGACGUGCUGGUGUAGUUGUUGGCUGUGUGAUCAUGAUAUGCGGUGUCGUUAUGGUUUCCAUCGGUUAUCAUAUUGCCUUGUUUGUCGUUGGCCGCAUGGUCCUUGGAUUCGGCCUGGGAAUCUCACAGGAAUGCUCCCCGCUUCUUGUGAUUGAACUUGUUCAUCCGCAGCACCGAGCCACGUACAGCAGUAUUUACAACGCACUGUGGUAUGUGGGCAGCUUGAUUGGUGCCGGUGUCGCCUUGGGAACGAACCACAUUCAACAUAGCGCUUGGGCCUGGCGUGUUCCCUGUCUGCUGCAGGGAGUCCCAUCUAUCUGCCAGCUGAUAUUCAUCUGGAUGGUGCCCGAAUCCCCUCGUUGGCUCAUUUCAAAGGGAAGGCUUGAACAGGCCAAAAAAGUCCUAGCAUAUGUUCAUGCCCAGGGUGACGAGGACGAUGCUUUGGUAAACGUGGAGUUUGAGGAGAUUCAACAGACUAUUGCACUCGAGAAGGAAUACACGAGAAACGCGUGGACCGAAUUCCUGUCAACCAAAGGCAACCGUCACCGCACACUGAUCUUGGUUUGCAUCGGCUUCUUUUCUCAGUGGUCUGGAAACGGCAUUGUCUCUUAUUUCUUGCCUCAGGUUCUCAAACUCAUUGGCAUUACUAACUCCAAUACCCAACUUACCAUCAAUUUGGUUCUUAGCGCUGUUAACUGCGUUUCUGCCAUCGGAAUUUGCUUCUGGGUGGAAUAUUUUGGCCGACGAAAGCUUUUUUUGACAUCGAGUAUCUCCAUGUUGUUGUGUUAUAUCGCCACAACAAUUGCUCUGGCUCUCUACGCAGAGGGACCAAAUGGAAACCCGGCGGCCGGCCACACAGUUAUUGCGUUCAUUUUCCUCUACUACAUCGCAUACAAUAUUGGAUACAGCGGUCUCUUGGUAUCUUACUCGUCUGAGAUUCUGCCAUACCACCUCCGUGCCAAGGGCCUGACACUCAUGUUCUUCUGCGUUGAUCUCAGCCUGUGGUUUAACCAAUAUGUCAACCCAAUUGCCAUUGAGGCUAUCCAGUGGAAGUACUACAUUGUGUACUGCGUCUUCCUGGUUUUUGAAAUUGCGAUUGUCUAUUUCUUCUUCGUUGAGACAAAGGAGACUCCUCUGGAAGAAAUUGUGAAGAUCUUCGACGGCGAGCAGGCUAUCCUGGGUGGCGCGAUUGCAUCGGAGAAAGUCCAGCAGCUUGCUUUGGGUGGCGAUGAUACAAUUAGAGUAGACAAGGAGAGAGCAGUCGCAUCUUCGGUCGAGAUUAGAGGUUAA